UCAGUCGAUCAUCCACUAUCCUUCCGUUCCCAGCCAGCAGCUAGCAUAGCAAUCAGUCCCCCCUUCGCGAUUUCAUCCUCCCGACAUCUCCGAUAGCUGCCCAUCCUCCCCUAGAGUCCUCAAUCUCUACUACAGGUGUCGAAUGUUUGUGUGAACUGGUGCUAAGCCGUAGCUCAGCCUAUCCAUUUUUGGAGACGUAGUAGAGGAGUACGAGUACUUUUUAUCGAUAGGCCGGCUCACAUCAGAAAUGGAGAAUAAUCUACCAGUCAAUAUUCGCGAGUAUCAAGAACUCGCCAAGAAAGCACUGCCAAAGAUGCACUAUGAUUAUAUCAAUGGAGGAGCGGAGGAUGAACACACAUUGAGGGACAAUAUUGCAGCAUAUGGAAGAAUUUUGUUGCGACCUCGGGUUCUUGUAGAUGUCAGCAAUAUAGACAUGUCGACAAACUUAUUGGGAUAUGACAUGCCCUCCCCCAUAAUUGUUGCACCAACAGGAUCACACAAAUUGGCAAAUCCAGAAGGGGAGGUGGCUACAGCAAGAGCUGCAGCAUCAUGUAAUACCUUAAUGGUGCUAUCCUUCUCAGCCAGUUGCAAAAUCGAGGAAGUUGCCUCCAGUUGUAAUGCAAUUCGUUUUUAUCAGUUAUAUGUGUUUAAGAACAGAGAUAUUUCAGCAACAUUGGUACGGCGGGCUGAGAGUCAUGGAUUCAAGGCAAUUGUUUUGACAGUUGACACUCCUAUGCUCGGUCGACGUGAAGCAGAUAUCAGAAAUAAGAUGGUUGCUCCUGCGAAUGCAAACCUCGAAGGUUUGAUGCCAAUAGAUGAUCUCGAUACUGCAGACGGGUCGAAGCUUGAGAAGUAUGCGCGCGACACGCUGGACCCGUCUUUAUCAUGGAAGGACGUGGAGUGGCUGAAAUCCAUAACUAGCCUGCCCAUUCUACUGAAGGGCAUCGUGACCGCCGAGGACGGUAAGUCGGUAAACGCUGUUCGGCAUCUUCACAGUCAUUCAGAGGAUAAAUUUGUUGAUCAUCUUUUAUCUUUUAUACAUGAAAUGCUGAACAACCAUGGGGAACAAACAGCCAGGAAAGCGGUGGAGGCCGGGGCAGCCGGCAUCAUCGUGUCCAACCACGGCGCUCGGCAGCUCGACUACGCGCCGGCCACCAUAUCCGCCCUCGAAGAGGUAGUUAAGGCGGUGGCGGGGGCGGUCCCGGUGCUGGUGGACGGCGGAGUCCGGCGGGGGACCGACGUGCUCAAGGCGCUGGCGCUGGGUGCGCGGGCAGUCAUGGUGGGGAGGCCGGUGCUGUACGGGCUGGCGGCGAGGGGCCAGGCAGGGGCGAAGCACGUGAUCGAGAUGCUCAACAGGGAGCUGGAGCUGGCCAUGGCGCUCUGCGGCUGCCGGAGCGUCGCCGAGAUCACCCGGGACCGCGUCCAGACCGAGGGCGACCGGUUCAGGUCGCUGCUCUGAUGAGGGAUGCGCGGCGGCAGUCGCAGCACAUACUGCAUACUGUGAAGGACACACUGCAUGUGCCAGCGCCCUCAUUGGUCAUUCGAGAUGCUGGUAGUAAUUAGCUAAGGAUCUGUAAAAUGGAAAAUUGGAGUAAUGCUUUGUGCAGCCCUGAGAACAAACUUUGCAUUGUUUUGCUGAGAGAAGGAUUUUAUCCAAACACCCAGCAUAUAUAAGUUGGAUUUUAUCCAAAGAAUCGUAUGAGGUUAUUACU